AAAUCGUCAAGAGUUGAGGCGUUGAAGUUUGUUUUCACUUUUAUUUUGUUAUUAUAUUGUAAAUUGUAGUUGUUUUGUUAUAGAACAUAGACAUGAUUAUUAAAAUUUUCGGUUGGUUAGGCCUUGUCACCAUUAUAUUCAGUGGUUUGUUUGGUGUUGGGCUGUAUUUAACGUUCCUUGCAUUCAUCGUCUCUUUUCUCGCAGGAAUAAUAACAAUUCUCUACUUCACAUAUGAUAAUAAAAAGAUAUUCUCUGUUGAUUUGGACUGUUUGGAUGAUCCAUUACAACAGACAAACUUUUCCAUUCAAGUACCUAGGGUACUGGAAUUAUUUAAAGAUGAAACGCCAUUACCUAAAUAUGAUAACAGGAUCACUGGCAGCGAGACAGUGGACUCAUUCCUCAAUGAGAUUAUAACAAUAAUCAUUAAUGAUUAUGUAACUCCUUGGUAUGAAAUCCUAACAAAUGAUGAAGAGCUAAUCAAUCACUCUAUAAAACGGUUGGUGCUGGCCGCUGGUGCUAAUGUAGCAAAUAGAGUGAAAUGUGUGGAUUGGAUCCACCUCCUCUCAACUCGGUUUCCAGAGGAGUUAACAACACAUUUAAAGUUAUUCAAACAGUCUAGAGUGAGAUUGAAACAUAUAGAUUUGUUGAGUGCCAAAGAUGUGUCCAAUGGGACUUCGAGACCCAGUCCUAAGAAACAGGAUGACAAGAAAACUCAUAGACGGAAUAAAAGUGAUACUGAUUUACCUUGGCCCCCAGAGGCACAAACAUUCGGAAAAUCUAAGUUUUACGACAGCUCCGAGAAUAUAAGUGGAAAGACACUCAAAGAUAUAUUUUUCGAGUUGGAAUGCUCUAUAGAAAACAGGCAGUUGUGUCGAGACAUAUUUUGUACAGAUACUGAAAAAGAAUAUGAGUUGCUGUGUGAGGUGUCCGAAGCCGUGCUUUAUCUGAUAGCACCAGAAGAAGCCUGGAACUGCCACGCCUUAAAGUUGAUACUGAUUGAGUUGUUGUCAGCUGUUGUACUGCGACCAAUGAUCAACUUGUUAAGCGAUCCUGAUAAUAUUAACAGGACUAUUAUUCGAAGUUGUUGCCGUGAUUCAUCUCUACCUUCGGAAUUAUUUUUAAUAGUAAUUCGGUGCUGCACCGACGCGGAAGAAUUAGAUGCCACGUUGGAACUCGUUCAGAAGGAUAUACAGAAAUUACAUUCCAGAGACAGUGCAGGUGAAUGGGAACUGCAAGACCGACAGAAGCUCUCCUCACUCCAAUACUUGACUCGUAUCUUACAAGCUAGGAGGGCCACUCUAGGGCCGCAGGAAGGGCUAUCGCAGACACCCAAUGUGGACAAGGUAUCGGAAGAGGUCACAAGGUCUUUGAAGUUUUUGAGGGCGACAACCGCGUGGAGAUCCAACGCUCAGUAUUUAUUGGAGAUUGAAUUAAAUGAAGCUGAUGCACCAAACACAUCAAAAGCCGUCCUGGACAAUUUACGGUCAUCAGCUCUUGAGCUUUGCGAUCUUUACCUGUCUCCAAACCGGCCAGCAGUGAUGGGUCUACCAGAGAACUGCUACUCAGAACUAGUGAGGAAGAUCACGACGGAAGGCGAAGAGUUUACAAACAACCCGGUUAUCUCAUUUGAUGAUGUACAGAAAUGCGUAUGUGAUGCUUUAGAGGAUGAUCCGUCAUGGCAAUCUGAUUUUAUGCUAGAUAGCGAAGAUGGUUCUGAUAAAAACAGUGAUUCCAAAAAAGACGAAAAACCAGACAACAAAAAAUACAGUGACAAAUGCAAGAAAAUUAUGAAGUCAUGUCUCAAUCAGUUGCCAAAGUUGUUCUUCAAGUCGAAAUACAAGUACGAUCUGCCCAACAAGUCAUCUACGUUUCCCCGGUCCCUCACUCGAAGAGUACCAAGUAACAAGAACCACACACUUCCUAAAUGCAAUGCGUUUGGUGAUUUGUUGCCAGUACCAGGAACAAGACAUAAUCGGUCUAGGUCGGAUAUUGUUGGCAAUCUAGCGCAAAGGAUGAUCAAUGAAAGUGCAGGUCCUUCAAACUUAUCUUCGGCGAACAGUUCCAAUUUGUCUUUGUCACAUUCAGAAAUUAGUAGAAAUGCAAAGAAACUAAUGUCACCUUUGUCGGCUUGUAUUAUUGAGACUGCCUUAGUACAAGAUAAAGGGCGAGCAUUUGGUAUCUACGCUAUAGCUGUUACUAGACUAUCAGACAACGAAGUAUGGCAUAUAUACAGGAGAUACAGUGAUUUCUACGACCUACAUACGUCUAUUAAAGAUAAGUGGCCAGAGCUAGCUAGCCUCCCGUUCCCCGGUAAGAAAACAUUCCAGAAUACUUCUCGCACUGUCUUGGAGAGUCGAAAACGAAUGUUAAAUAGUUACCUACAGACCUUAGCGAGUUUGUCACGAGAUGCCAAGUACAUGACUUUGUUAUCUCCUGACUAUUUGGGAGGAUUCCUUAGUCCUGAGAAUCAGACUGAGAAACAUAGUAAUACGAUUGAUGCCCUACUUGUUAACUCUUUGAGAGCAGGGAUGAGGACUUUAAAGAACAUGCCUGAUCAGUUUGCAAACACUGUCGAUGGAGUAAUGGAUGGUAUUUCAAAAGUAUUUCAAGGAAAAAGUGAUGAGUGUUAUUAUGAUGGCAUCAAAAGUGGAAACUCAUCCGAUGGUCAAGAUGAAGAUGAAAGCGUGGCUCUCAAGUUAUUUGAAGAAGUAUUAGGUAUAAGGGGUCUAUGGCUGAGGAGACGCCUUCUUGCUCCAAUCAGGACAUUGAUUGCCGAUAGAGUGAAUAAGAAAGUGCUGGAAUUCGUUUCGUCAUUAACAUCGCCUAGGAACGUUGUACAAUAUUUGAAGACUUUCAAACAGUGGUUGACCAGCCGCAGCGGUUCAAACUACGGUAACAGAGACGCGGCAACCAAAGCCAGGACGAGGGUUGCCGCUAAGGUCGCUUUACUUUCCGCUUGUUCAGAUGAUUUGCGACACAUAGUGGGGUCGGACACAGCGCGAAGAGGAUUGCUGACGGUAUUCGAUCUGUUCCAGAAUCAGGAAAUUAAUAGGCGACUGAUAUUUGUCUUAUUAGAAACGAUGUUAACAAACCUAUUCCCUGACAACAACAUCCCCGAGUUAUUUAAGAAAAUAUACUCGAACUCACCGCGUGUGCCUCCUUCGAAGAAAUCUGUCAACGUUUGACUAAAUGUAUUUUAUUUUAGUUGUUAAUUUGUAUUGUACCUACUUUAAAGGUAUCGUGUAGUGUCUCAAAGCCGUAGUGAAGCUUUUGCUCAAGUCUUUUAUUGCGGUUAUAUGAUUUAUUUUUAUAUUUUGUUUGUUGCAUUGGCCUAAAGAUAUAUUGUGACGUCAUAAGUCAUGCUGAGUGAAGUUAUUGUAGCUGUGGAAAGUGUGAACUUAACUUAGCCUUUUGUCAAGCUUUGUUUAUGUUGACUUUCAGUCAAACAAGAUUGAGCUUUUCGUAUGUAUGAGUCUGAGUUUAAGCUACCUGUAGGCCAAAAUUCAGUUUUUUUUUUCAUGUAAAGACUAUCUAUUAUUAUUCAACAACCCACUGUAGUAGGUUAAAAGAAGCUAGAUCAGUAGUUUUCUUUCUGAAAUUUAACUAAAAUGGCAAUAUGACUUCAUGAUACAUUCACUCGUACUACCUAAUAUGUAUUAUGUACAAGUUACAUAGGCUCUACCGUGGCUGCUAAGCAAUUGCAAACUUUAUCGACGUCCACAUAAAGCCAGUUUUGGAAUAGUGUAUUGUGAUCCGGUUUUACUCAUAUUUGGGAAUUCUGAGCUUAAAUAUUUAGUGUAGUUUUCGUAUUUAUUGUGACUGUAGUCCGAUGGUAUAGUUUGUGACUAUUGGCAAGUCGGAGCUGAGCUCUUAAAGUAAAAUAUAUCAUUGAUUUAAAAGUAUUAUGGGGUAAUGAGAAUGAUGUAAUAAUAAUAAUGAUUAGUGGAACGAAAACACCAAAUAUUGUACGUGUCACACGUAUUGGCGAUAAAUGAGAUUAGCACUGUCUUACUGUAAAAAUAUUUUAUUAAAAAUAAUAGAGCAUCAAAAUUAUAAAGAUUACAGUGCCAAAAACCUGCCAAUACUUUCCCGGCAGUGUUACAAAUUGUGAUAAAUGAAAUUGUACCUAAAUUGAAAUUAUAUUCUAAGCUCUUCGUUGUUAGUUAAUGAAUUAUUAAUUAGAAAAAUAUACAAUUAUAUUAUUAUUUUUAUGAUAGGU